AUGUGGUGUUGUUAAUAUAUUUAAGGUAUAUACUAUUAUAUGAAUGUUGAGAUUUGUUUUGUUUUUUCUCUUAAACUCUACAAUUUGGAAGGCUAGAUUAACAAAGACACAGACUCGAGAAUGGCGGCUAAAACAGUGUCUGGACUGGUUCUUUUGAUUGCUGUAACUGUAGUCUGUCAAGUAACAGAACAAACAUGCGAGACUGGCCAGUGUAGAAGUGUGAAAGGAGGCUGUUAUGAUAAUGAAGAGGAAUGGAUGGAGGGAUGUGCAAAGAAAACGUGUAUAGUAGGAGAACAUGGUUGGAGAACAGAGAUAGUCAAGAUACAAUGCAAAGACAAAGAUGGUACCUGUGUUGAUGAUCAACAACAAAUGCCUGCAUACGGCGAUUGUGUCUGUCAUGUUACGGCGAACGGUUGGAGUAUGUCGUGUCGGCGCGCUGGUUAAACGAUCAUACUUUUUAAAAUAAAUUAAAGCAUCCAGAUAACUUUUAUAAGAACAGUCUUGUUUUUGUAUAACAUAAUUUCUAUGUCUUACAGUCUUUUUGUUUAAGGAUUUUGCUCCAUUUGUCUCUAUUCGCUAUUUUGUUUGCACAUUCUUCUGUAUUUUUUUACCCAUUAUUCCCUAUCGUGUUAACCACAUCCAGAUCAUCUUAUUUUUUAAAUUGAUUUAAUUUUCUCUGUGUUUUAAUGCCAUUUUUUUGCUAUUUCGUGGCGGCCAGUUUAUAUUUGUAAGAGGAAGCCGGAGUCCCCUCUUAUCAUUCAAUCGUUUCAAAAGACAAUUUGUGUCUGUCAGGCAAUAUAAAUUUUGUAAGAAAUUGAAUUGCACGGUUUAAAAGUAAAACAAGAACAAAUAAAAAUAAAAUAGUG